AUGUCUGACCGCAGUCGCCGGGCGCGUCUUCAGCUUCCGGAACAACGCCCGCUGCUCCAACGGAACCGCCCGAGUCACACCUCCGAAAUCCAAGUGCCGCUGUAUGGGUGCAUGACAAACCCUCACAGCCAUCUACCGGUAUAUACAAAUAUACACCGCAUCAGACGAGACAUUACAUCCAUUGUCGAGGAUUACCUCAGUUUGGAGCAACUUCGCGAUGUCAGAAUCAAUAUCGCCGUCGUCCGUCCACUGGUAGACAAGCUCUACGAGCUUGAUGACAUUUCCAUAGUCUAUUGUUUGCUUGUCAAUCGCGCUCAGUUUCUCCAUGAGCAGUCUCACCUUAACAGCCGGCAAAAUGUUAAUUUUAGCCGUGCAACGCUGUGCGAGCUUGUUGCGACACGUAUCUUGAGGCGUUUCAGUGAGGAUAGUGAAGGACCUGAAGGCGCAGGCCUGGUCCUGUUGUCACAUAUCUUGGUUGCUGGUUUUGAACCUUUUCAGAUGGCUCCUGCUGGUAUUCGCGAAGCAGCAUCAACCGAGUCUUACCGUACCUACAAUCGCAUGCUUCCCUCUCUUGAGAUUGCUAUCUUAACUGAGAGUAAACAUUUCCUUAGCGCAACUCCGUGUCAGAAAGUCGUGGACGCUAUUUACGAAGGCCGAAUUGUCUACACACCCUCCAGCUUCAUGGACAUCAUUCCAGAUCAUUAUAAGCUAAAACCCAUCUCCUUGUACAACCCCAGAGAAGGUCCGUUGUUGGACCAGUAUCGGCUCCUGGUACCGCGUACGAGGAAUAUUCUUGAAGUCCUACAAUUCCUGAUCCUUCUUGCCUUAUAUCUCUUCGUCAUGGCUGAGCGGAAUCCGGAAAAUUUUACCCUCUUGGAGGGCUGUUUCGCUGUUUAUGCAUUUGGCUGGUCUCUCGACCAGUUUGCAACAAUAUUGGAGCACGGAUGGCAUGUCUAUACACAAAACUUGUGGUCCUUCCUUGAUGUGGGUUUCAUCGGCCUCUACGUCAUCUAUGCGGUUCUUCGCAUUCAUGGUGCCCGCGUUGGUGAGCUCGUGCCCAAGCAACAGGCUUUGGAUGUACUGGCUAUGGGAGCUCCAGUGCUUGUUCCAAGACUUGCUUUCAAUCUACUCUCAGACAACCUCGUAUUUCUUUCACUGCGUUCCAUGAUGUCAGAUUUUGUUCUUCUGACAUUUUUGUCGGCUUGGUGUUUUGGUGGCUUCCUUUUAUCUCUUCUCUGGCUGGGCGAGGGCACACCUGGAGAGGGUGAACACGCUCCUGUCAGCUUAAUUGGCAAAUGGAUGUUGUGGAUUUGGUUCGGUCUUGAUGGGACAGGUAUUUCGCGAUCAGCCGACUUCCAUCCAUUAUUGGGCCCCGUUCUGAUGGUCGCAUUUGCUUUCUUGGGAAACACAUUGUUCCUGACCAUUCUGGUGUCAAUGCUCUCCAACACUUUCAGUACAAUCGUCAAAAACGCAACUGCAGAAAUCCAGUUUCGUAAGGCAGUGUUGACCCUAGAGGGAGUGAAAGGCGACGCCAUUUUUGCCUAUCAGCCUCCUUUCAACAUCUUAGCCGUUUUUGUGCUCCUUCCACUCAAGUUUGUUGUCAGCCCGAGAUGGUUUCAUAAGAUACACGUGGCGAGCGUUCGACUGGUUAAUCUUCCACUUCUACUUAUCAUCGCUGUUGCAGAACGCAGAAUUCUUUGGCCUCCUCCACAGCCAGAGAAGCCAAGGAGUAGUGGGGCUUUGACCCUUUAUCCCCGGGUAAAGCAGUGGUUCUGGGAAAAGUGGCGCAUAACAGCUCAUCGCGACAUAAGAGCCGUGUUUGACCUGCCGCCCCCUGAGUCGGUGGAAGAAGAGAUUGCGGUGGACGACGAUUUUACCCACCACAUGAUCCGACGACAGUUCACCAGGACGAUCACUGACGACACAAUGCGGAAAAAGUCGCCUCUUAGAAGAGAUUCGAUGUUUCCCGGCGUUUCGUCGAAGCUGCGUGGAUCAUUUACUGGUAGUGAGGACAUGCAUGAUGUUAACAGCAGACUGGAGACACUCGAGCAAACAAUGCAGAGGAUCGAGAGUCUAUUAACACGGAUGGCAGGCUCAGAUGACUACUCGGAAAAGAAUUUUGGCACUGGGGAAAGUAGCACUCUUCGCGACAUGGACGUCCCGUUGACUCAAUCACCAGGUAGCGAGGGCUGA